AUGUUUGGAAGUAAUAAUAACAACAAUAACCAAUCCAACGCAUUUAGUGGAUUUGGAAGUACCAAUAAUAAUUCAACUGGUCAACAAUCAAGUGGAUUUACAUUUGGUGCUGCUAAACCAGCUGGAACAGGUGCUUUUGGAAGCAGUACUGGUGCCUUUGGAAGCAAUACUAACACUGGUAGUGCCUUUGGUGCAAGUAAUAACACUGGUGGUGCCUUUGGUGCAAGUAAUAACACAACUAGUGGUUUCGGAGCUAGUAACACUGGUACUCUGACACCUGCUUUUGGAAGUUCUACAUCCACCAAUCCAACCAGUGCCUUUGGUAGUACAUCGACAAAUGUUUUUGGAAACAAUUCCUCAAAUACUAAUGCAACUUCAGCAUUUGGCUCUACUGCUACUGCACCAGCAAAUACAAGUUCACCAUUUGGAAAGCCAUCAACUACUGAAAACAAACCAGCUGCAUUUGGAACUUCCUCUACUACAACAUCUGCUCCAGCUACUGGUGGAUUAUUUGGUUCAAGUACUACUACUUCACAACCAUCAUUUGGUGGAUUUGGAGCAGCAGCAAAGAAGGAUGAUUCAACUACAGCAAAUGCUCCUGCUGCAGGUGGGUUAUUUGGUGCUAAACCAGCUACAACAAAUACCUCAACUUCUGCUUUUUCAUUAGGUGCUCCUGCUGCUACUACUUCUUCUGCCCCAGCUCCUGCUGCAUCUGGUGGUUUGUUUGGUGCAAGUAAAGAUGCUUCUCCUGCUCCAACUGGAGGAUUAUUUGGUGCAAAAAAAGACGAUGCCAAACCAACUGUUAGUUUUGGAACUACUUCGGGUACUUCUACUCCUGCCUUUGGUGCAUCAACAUCGUCUACUGCAACUGCUCCGGCCUCUUCUGGCUUCUCAUUUGGUGCUAAGAAAGACGAUGCUAAGCCAGCUGCAAGCGGAUUUUCUUUUGGUGCUAAAAAGGACGAUGACAAACCAGCUACUGGUGGUUUGUUUGGUGCUAAAAAGGAUGAUAAUAAGCCGGCUGCAAGUGGAUUUUCUUUUGGUGCUAAGAAAGACGAUGACAAACCAGCAGCUAGUGGGUUCUCUUUCGGUGCUAAGAAGGAUGAUGAUGCUAAAGACAAACCAGCUACUGGUGGAUUUUCUUUUGGUGCUAAGAAGGAUGAUGAUGCUAAAGACAAACCAGCUACUGGUGGGUUCUCUUUCGGUGCUAAGAAGGAUGAUGAUGCUAAAGACAAACCAGCAGCUAGUGGGUUCUCUUUCGGUGCUAAGAAGGAUGAUGAUGCUAAAGACAAACCAGCUACUGGUGGAUUCUCUUUCGGUGCUAAGAAGGAUGAUGAUACUAAAGACAAACCAGCUACUGGUGGAUUUUCUUUCGGUGCUAAGAAGGAUGAUGAUACUAAAGACAAACCAGCUACUGGUGGAUUUUCUUUUGGUGCUAAGAAGGAUGAUGAUUCUAAAGACAAACCAGCUACUGGUGGGUUCUCUUUCGGUGCUAAGAAGGAUGAUGAUACUAAAGACAAACCAGCUACUGGUGGAUUUUCUUUUGGUGCUAAGAAAGAUGAUGAUACUAAAGACAAACCUGCAACUACUGGUGGGUUCUCUUUCGGUGCUAAGAAAGAAGAAGAGAAGAAAGACGAUAAAGCUGGCGCUACUACUGGUGCCACAACAGCCACUACAACGACUACUUCGGAAGCUCAACCAAACUUGAAACCAACUAAAAUAGAACCAAUUGCUGUAUCUAUUGACAACAAGACAUUGGAUGAUUUAAUUGUUAAAUGGUCUAAGCAAUUGACUACUACAAGCAACAUUUUUGAUUCAUACACAGAAAAAGUCAAAGUUUGGGAUGAAAAAUUGGUUGAAAGCGGGGAUGACAUUGUUAAAUUGAAUCAAGAAUCCUUAGAAGCAGAAGCUUUACAAAGUAAGAUCAAUCAGCAAUUACUUUUUGUUGAAAACCAACAAGAUGAAUUAGAAAAAGUUUUAGAUAACUAUGAAGCUCAAGCUGAAAUUUUAUUGAAUACUGUUUCAUUGAAUAAUCCAAAGGAUACCAGUACAGUGGCAACAGCGGGUACAAGUUCUUCAGUAAUUGCUGCUGCUGCUUCAUCUUCAUCAUCAUCAUUGACUACAACUGAUGAAUUAAGAGAAAAGGCAUUCACUAAAGCUUCACAAGUAGACAACAAAUUAAACACACUUCAAAGUGAUCUUAAUGUUUUGAUCAGUGAGAUGAAUAAUGUAAGUGAUGUAUUUAAUGGAUUAGCUGCUGGUAAAGCUAGUGAAUCUGCUGCUGCUGCCGCCAGUAAAUCAGGAGAUAAAAACCCAAUUGAAGAAAUUGUAAAGUUGUUGAAUUUGCAAUUACAAAACUUACAAUACAUUGAACAAUGUGAAGAAGAAUUAGAAUCCAAAUUAAAGAGCAAACAACAAAAGAAAUAA